AUUCUCUAUAUUAUUGUUUCCUACUCAUUACACUCCUCUGUAUAUCUUGUCUCUCUCUCUCUCUCAAAAGUCAGCGCCUUCUUUUGUCUCCUCUCCAACAUUAGUUGCAGAAGGAAGGUACUGAUUCACAGAGCUUUGUCUCUCCUUGCUACCCUUGCCAUGGACGAUGACUGGGAUCUUCAAGCUGUGGUUAGAAGUUGCACGUCCUCCUCCUCGUCCUCCACCACUGCUUCAACUACUACUACCACCACCACUGCUAAAUGCGCCAGUUCCUUCAACAGAGCAGAUUUUUGCUUUUCUUUUUCUUCGUCUUCUUCUUUUGCGAGUGAACAAGUUGGCCCUCUUUUCUCUCUUCCGGGUGCCUUUGAAACAAGAAACGCUUUUGGAGAGUUGCAUGAGCUUUACAAGCCCUUUUUCCCCAAAUCUCAUCAGACUAUUUUUUCUCCACAACCUGCCCUCAUCCUUUCUCAUGCCGUUUCUAAUAAAGAACAAACGCAGAUAAAGCAGCCCAAGCAAUCUCAUACUGCCUCAGUCACUUCCACUGCAAAUUCUCACACUCCUCGAUCUAAAAGAAGGAAGAACCAGCUAAAGAAAAUAUGCCACGUACCAGCAGAGUCUCUCUCUUCAGAUGUGUGGGCAUGGCGAAAAUACGGGCAAAAACCCAUCAAAGGCUCUCCAUAUCCGAGGAGUUAUUACAGAUGUAGCAGCUCAAAGGGGUGUUUGGCCCGGAAACAGGUUGAGCGGAACAGAUCCGAGCCGGGAAUGUUCAUAGUCACCUAUACAGGCGAGCACAACCACCCUGCACCUACCCACCGAAACUCACUCGCUGGUAGCACCCGCCAGAAGACCCCCACAGCACAAACCGUCACUGCCAGUGAGUCUGACAAACCCUCGCCGCCAGCCAAGCCUACUUGCUCAUCACCUGCAACUUCCGUGGAUGACGAGCUUCUACCCCAAAGUACAAACACAGAAAGCAGAGAAGAGAAAGACACAAUGGAAGACGACGAAGAAGAUGAAUUUGAUGGGUUCUCAGAUAUGGCCGUAAGUGACGAUUUCUUUGCGGGUUUGGAGGAACUCACUGAUCCAGUCACCGGAGACCACUUCUCAAAUCACUUUUCUUUGAAUUUUGGCCUUCCCUGGCUAGCGAAUAAUGCUGCUACUGCCGCAGGCAGUAUCUGAGACUGGCCGGAGAAACCAUUGCUGACAUGGGUACUUGUGGCUUUUUUUUUAUUGAUUAAUUUUUCCAUUUUCUUUUCAUGAAUACACUUGUAUGAUUUGGGGAGUAGAAUCUGUCAUGGCAUCAUUGCUUUUUGCCUGUGCUUGGGAGUGUUGUACAGUAAAAAAGAAAUUCUGCAUCUUGACUGUACUGAUUAGUAAAAUUAGCAUUGAUCAUUAAAGCCUAA